GGGGGGGGGGGGGAGUUGUGUAGGUGAUUGGAGACGCAAAGAGAAGGCAUAAAAUGGGAUUGGAAGUUCCUCUUCCCAAAUGGGCGUCCGAUCCUUGCAUCAUGGGCAUCGACGAAGCUGGUCGCGGCCCUGUUUUAGGACCCAUGGUGUAUGGUUGCUUGUACUGUGCACUUUCAUACCAAAAGACUCUAUCCUCAUUGAACUUUGCAGAUUCAAAAACACUGAAAGAAGAAAAGAGGGAGGAAUUAUUUGAAAAUUUGAAGGCUGAUGAAUCAAUUGGAUGGGCUGUUGAUGUGAUUGAUCCAAGGGAGCUCUCAGCUAAAAUGUUACAGAAGAAUAAGAUAAACCUUAAUGAAAUCUCACAUAAUUCUGCGAUGGGCCUUGUCAGUAGGGUCCUGAACAUGGGGGUUCUUCUAACUGAGGUUUUUGUGGAUACUGUGGGAGAUCCAGAGAAGUAUAGAAUUAGAUUGUCUGAACGAUUCCCAUCUAUCAAAUUUGUGGUUGCAAAGAAAGCUGAUAGUCUUUAUCCGGUUGUAAGUGGAGCAAGCAUUGUUGCAAAGGUCACAAGAGACCGAGCCUUGAGGGAUUGGGUGCUUGAUGAAACUGCUGAAAACAUGCAUAGGAACUUUGGAUCUGGUUAUCCUGGAGAUCCUGAAACUAAAUCUUGGUUAGAAGAUCACCAACAUUCUGUAUUUGGAUUCCCAACAUUGGUCCGCUUUAGUUGGGGCACAUGUACUCCCUACUUCAAAAACAAUGUCGAAGUGCUAUGGGAAUCUGAUAAAACGGAUGAAGAUGGUUCGUCUACUAGGAGCGGCAAGCGGCAAUUGAAAUUAAGCAAUGUUGGUUUCACUGGAUUGAAGAGGAAAAGUGAAGAAAUUGAAUCUAGUGGCAAAGGACGCUGCAAAUUUUUCCAGGCUCGUAAACUUGAGCAACUCUCUCAUUUCUAAGGAUAACUUUGGUAUAUCUUAUUAAAAUGUAGCACAUUAUUUUCAUUUUCUAUUUCACUACCGGUAUCUGUCAGAUUGCUGGUUGUAAUUUAGAUUGUUAAAGUUGAACUAGUGAAUGAGUAGAUAUGCCUCUGCAGAAAUUGUUCUCAA